GUCAAGGGUUUCUUGUUCAACUUACACCAUUCUUGAAGCGACAUUUAGAAUUACUCCAUUGGCAGAUUGUACUCACGCACUGACUUGAAUCACACGCCAGUGGUGACUUUGUGAGGUUGCCGUUCUUCAAUGCCGCCUGGUAUGGACGACCUUUUAAAGAUCGUCCUGGAGGAAGUGGCUUUGGAAGAGAGCCAAGGUUGCACACCCGAAAGACUGUGGAGCUUACUGGAGGAACGCCGUAGCAAAGAUCAAAACGCAGAAGACGACACCGAUGACGAUGCUUUGGAGCUGAGAAGAAUGGCCGGAAAUGCAGAUUCGAUCAGGAGAUAUGUGCAGCUGGACAGCCACAUGAAAGAAUAUUUAUGGUCUUUUAUAAUAUCCGUGGACGAUAUACGGUGUGUAAAUCGGCAGGUUGGUAAUGUCCAUUCAGUGGCAACGCCGAAAAGCGCAAAGAAGGGCAAAGGAAAACGAAAAUCAGAACAGGAGCCCGCCGAAUCGACCCUUGAUGUGGAUAAUACCACUCCAAUCCCUACGAAUGAGUUGACAUCCAUGUCGUUGCGACAAGCUUUAGAAAAGUAUGGCGAUGGAUUGCACAUUGUCGCAAGCGAGGAAGUCCGGCGGAUUGCAAUUCUUGGCCAUUAUGACCCAACCGUGAAACUCAGCGCAGCAUUAUUUGCGACGCUUUCCCUGAUUGCAAAGUGUCGAAGUGCCGGCAUCACGCAAAUGGAGCUUUCAAAAGUUCUACAUUACGAUCCUCGGUCGUUGUUCCACUACAUCAAAGUGCUGGGGGAGAUGAAAUUUAUUGUCAAGUUUCCUCUUGUAACAAAAGGCACCUACACCAACCUUUGUAUCCACAAACGGUUUGCGGAUCAAAAUAAUACAUACCAAGAGUACAAAAAGCGAACUGAACAGAUGGUGGGACCCGCCAAGAUCGAAGGCCUUGACUCUGCCGUUGCCAAUAGUACCAUAUGCAAAUAUAAUCCCCAGACGGCGGUUAGUCACUCAGCUGGACACAACGCAGUCUCAUAUCACAGCGAGCUCGUUAAGGAACAAAUCACUACGUUGCUCAGGGCAGCCAAGAACCACGUCAUGGUCGUUCAGGAUUUAAUGCAGGCACUGAAACUCGAUACUAGUAAAAGCCGCUUUGAGCGUAAAUGGUUUAACCGCCUUAUCGAAACACUCGUCAAGGGCGGAUUCCUUGAACGCGUUAAUGUACCCCGGAGACGAGAUGGAUGGGAAUGCAAGGGUCAUGAUCGAUGCGUCCGCCUCUUGAAAAUGUAUUUGCCAUCCGGCGGUGUCAAUAUUGGACUUGAUUUGCCCUCGAGAACGUCAUUGCAGUAUCAGUCGAAACAGCAGACGGCAGAUCCUGAAAGAGAUAUCAUUAUGGGUGAAGGAGGAGUUUUGGCUGAUCUACCAUUUGAGUGGCAAGUGUAUCGUCUUAUUGCACUCUCUGGCAAAAAGGGUGUUACGGCAGGGGUCGUUCAACGCUCGUUAAAUAACGUCGGUAGCCGUUUAUUGAAUAAAAUCUUGACGAAGCUGUUAAAACCUCCGGAUGCCCCAGUGACUUCCAUUGGGGCCAAUCGAGUUGCCGAAUUUGUUGGCCGCGAGCGUCGGUACCGGUACUACUCUUCAGAAGCGUACAACCAUAUGAUGGGACAUACCGAACAAGCUGCUGAGCUGGGCUUGCUAGAGAAAAUGGUGGCAUCUGGUGGUCAAGGUGAGACACGGAGCACGCCCAACUCGAAGGGGCCUCCGGAGAAGAAGAGACGAUUGGUGAAUGCGAGUACUGCAAAUACUGUGGAAUCGGCGCCUGAGCAGCUAGCAGAUGGGAGCCGCAACUCCAACACGGCCGAUUGCUUAUCAUCGCUCGGAGACGUCAUUUGCACCCUCUGCUACAAGAGUGACAAUGAAGAUCAGAUACUGCUGUGUCAUCAUUGCAAAUCGGGAAUUCACACAUACUGCCACAACCCACCGUUGACCGCGAUACCGCAAGGAGACUUUUUCUGCAGCUCAACAUGUAGAAAAAGCGUGAAACCGACUGGAGAACAGGGAUCCGCUACCCAAUCCUCACAAUUUGAUCCUAUGGACGUUGACUCUUCCACUGAGCAACAAAGUGUGACACAGCCCCUGCCUGUGUCGCCGAUAGCAAGGUCUAAAACCGCAAUAAGUACACCAACGACCACCGCCAUACCAUCAGGCGCAACCACUCCUGGCUCUGGCCUAUACAACCGCACAUCGAUCACUGCGGUCCGUCGUCGCAACCAUUUGUUACAGCUGGUUGAGGACAAGAAGAUUCUUGAAGUUGGACAUUUGUUAGUGAAGGCGUACCAGGAUCUAGUGUCGUCACAGCAAGACGGAUCCACUCCUGUUCACACUGUUGACAAAAAGACCUUGGUCCGGACCGCAAAGGCCAUGGAGGCGGAUGGGUUACUUAAGAUUCACACUAUCACGCUACCUCAGAUGAACGGCGGAUAUAGUAGCAAGAUGCUAUUCCUCCACCGGUCGCUGGAGCCAACAGAUAACAGAGUUCAAGAGUACAUUGCUAUGAUGCACGAUCGUCAUGUGUUACUAGGCGGCAAGUAUAAACCCGCCAAAGUUGAGAUCGAGGAUCUUGAGGUUGAGCGAUUGGAAGAUCUUCACAAACGGGCCAUGAUUGAAAAGGAAUAUAGUCGAUCAGCGACGCCAACAAUGUGGGGGCAAGUUGGGGUCUUCAGAGGGGUGAAUGGAGACGAGCUGGCGCAUAUGGCUAAUACCCUUGGUUCUGGCGGGUCCCACAUCAUGGAAGGGAUUCAGAAUUCACAGACCCGAGUAUCAAGUCCUGCGGUUGGAGCUGGUACCCACGUGUCGCCAAAUAACGAGAUCGAUGUCAAAACACCAACGGGCCAGAGUCUGGACUUGCAAAGGCAAACCGAAUCCAAGAAAAAACUGCCAGGCAGCCAAGAUCCCGAUUCGGAUCAGUUUUGGCUCAACGUUGCACAACACUAUGGAUAUAUCAACGCGAAGAUGCUACGUGCAAGAUACCUUCACGAAUGGCUGUGGAACCGGGUGUUAGAUAGGAAAGAUCAGUCUGAGCGCACACCUGCGUCCAUUUCCGGAGGUCCGUAUAAGAAUGGGGGUAUAUUCCAGGCCGCAAUGCUGUUCCGUGAGUUGUCCUUUGACAUGUUUCUGAAAAUUGUUGGACAAACCGUGGCAAGUCCGGUUGUCGAUGAAUUUAUGCGGCGUCCGGAUUAUGCAGAUGUGAAGAUUGGGGACCUGCCACCUGCCUUACGCACUGUGGUAUUUGGAGGGAAGACCCGAUACCGGCGAUCACUUAAGCAAAUACUGGAUAUUUUAGAGGCCCUACACAUUGUAAUGCCCAUGCCUCGCCUUGACGAAAACGGCAAGUACGUACAUGCAGGUCUUGGAGACGAAAGGGCGAGUAUUGCUGCGAUGGCCGCUGACUAUCUCCAUCCCGUGUAUCGGCUGGAAUGGAGAGUACCACUGUAUGACUGGGGAGCAGAUGAUCAACGGCUGUUGCGGCAUUAUACGAUUGAAAGUUUGGAGGAUUUAAAGCAGUAUUGGUUCCAAUUGGAGUUUACUUGUUCACGAAAGGAUACGCAACGGAUCCAGCGGUGGAGAGCUUACGAGGAGGGACAAACUGAGGAAUCGUUGGAGCAGCACGACAAUGGCCCCAUUGACCUCACCACUGAAGAGAAUUAUUCCUUAAAAGUUCGCUCUGAGCGUCCAGGUUAUUUGAUGAAGGAUAGUCAUCCACUCGCUCAUUUGAAUAACGUGCGCAAUUGGCACACUACUUUCCCCUAUUCCGCACAUCAAAGAAAUAUUCUUGAGUCGCACGUGGAUCGCAGAACAGGUGAAACCCCUCUUGACAAUGACCUCUUGUGCAGGCAGCUCGCCGAGGAUACCGGACUCGGCAUCGCCAGAGUAAAGUAUUACUUUAAGCGAGCGGAGGAUAUGUAUCAAGCCAAGGUUGCACUUCAACAACAGGCUCGGGAGAAGAGAAAGUUAACGCUUGAAAAGAGGCGCCAGGAGCUUGGUGUAGGGCGAUAUGCUGUUGGCAUAAGACCGAGAUCUUUGAAGACCGGGAGAAUUACUAGAGCGGCUCGCGCCACAUUUGACCACGAAGGGCAGGAGGAAGCGGGCGGCAAAGAGCAAGUCCAACGUGCUGGGCGCAAAGUGCGAGAGGUCCUCCAACGACAGCGUGAAAGCCGGGUUCCAGGACGCAGAUCUUUCCGUGCCGGUGCAGGAAAUGGCCCAGCUGCCGGCAGAGGGCCUGUUGUUGCCGUUGCCUCGGGUCUGGAGGAACUGAAUGAGGAAAACAUCCCGGUUAUUGCUGACGAAGAUCGUUUCCAAACUCAGUAUCAACAAGUCGCCAAACGAGUACGGCCCAAUUGGACUGCGCAAGAUGACGAAACGCUUCUUCAUGCAUAUGCAAUUAUGCAUAAUCGAUCAGGCCCCCGCUUCCAGUGGAUACCGCUUGCAGCUCUCUUUGAAGGCAGCGACCUGUCAGCCAGGAAGGGCAGCAGAAUGACUGAGCUGUGUCGCCGGAGGAUGAACGUUCUUCUGAAAUCCCCAGUCACACAAGACCGGUUGAAUAAUUUGACUUCUCAGUGGCCUGCGAUUCUCGCGAAAGGUGUUGCGGAGAACAAGCUGGAAGCACAGGAAAAUGUGGAUAUCCAGAACCUCAACCUGGCUCCCAUGAUUGAAUACUUCAUCACAACCAAUGCAGCCUUGGCCAAGUCAAAAACGGACUCCGCACCGUUGAUACCACUUCCUUCGACUUCUCAAGAGCUCGAAAGGUUCUUUGUCGUGAAAAAUAAACUAAGCCGGAGUAUCCAGGCGCUGACGGAUCUGGAGGAUGAGCUGGAUGAACGAUACAGCUCGCGAAGCAAAAUGUCUGUUUUGUACGCCAGGUCACUGACAGGGUUGCUUACGAAUGAAGAUCAAGUUGAUUUUGCUGUGUCCUCUGACCCGACAUGUGAGCAAGUAGAGGAGAAUGUGGUCAAGGCUGUCAUCAAGAUGAUCUUGAUGACUCCCGAGUCAGCAUACGACCCUACUCAUGCAUUUUGGAUCCUUCAUGCUUUCCCUCACCAUGUGAUUGCGAACGCACUUCGCAAAAUGAAUGAAGAUCAGUCCAUUGUAAAGAUCAAGGGGAGCACUGAUCGCAGAGUGCCUGGUCGUGGAUUCGUUUUGUCAGACAAGUUCCUUUCUACAAUCGCAGGACCUCUUCCGGAUCGUUUGCUCCCCCAAGCAGUGGCAUACCAUAGAGAACUUUUUGGAGAACUCAAGAAUGGGCAGUCAAUGUUUUCCCCAUUUGCCAAUAGCGGGGCAAUGGCGGCUCUCCUGGAGGCCGUCGCUGCUCGGUUGAUCAGAUUACAACCUAAAUUCAAUAUUCGACUGGAAACGCACGGAGUUUUUGAAUUAUAUGAUAACCCGUCAAUGGGGAAUGCCGACGUAUGCAUUCUGCCUCCGGCCACCGAGUUACUCGUUUCAAGGACAACGACAACUGACAAGGGAAAACGGAAAGCAGAUGAUAUUGAAGUCCCAUCAGAUGCCAAACGAACCAAGGAUGGUCAUACCGAACCACCGCGUCCUGAGGUGGACGAGGAAGUGGGAACGAUCAGUACGACGGCGUGUUAUGGUGAAACAGCGGAGGAGGUGCUGAAUAACGCGCCCAUUGCGAAGGAGAGCGAUCGUAUUUGGAUGCGCAAGAUCUACGAAGUGGUCAAAGAGGCUGGCAUUUGUGGGGUUUCGGCGUUGAACUUGCAGUCCACAUUCCGUGGUUUUGGCAUUGACGGCAAUCAACUGGACAAAUACUUGCGUAUGUUUUCGACAACGUUUCGAUUGGCAAAACCACCAGUACCACUCGUAUCACAAGUCGGAUUUUCCGACAUUCGAUACGUCUCCGACGACAAUCUAUCUCGAUGGACAGUCGCCACUACCCGACAAGCUUAUGAACAGAGCGGGGACAUAGUUGUGGAAUCAAUGCAGCUUGAUGCCCCGCGCGCUCCCAAAAUGGGCUCGGAUGAUUUUACAGCGGCGCGAAUGUGGUACGAUAUCAAUGGAAAGCAAGUUGAUAGUGUAAAGCGGGCCUGCAUGGAAGCUGUUUUGGGCACUAUAGUGCAGAAACCUGGGAUAUACGAGGCGAAGCUGUAUCGGCGCUUGGGAAGUGUCAUGACGAGAGUAGAACUGGCAGAGAUCCUUCAAAUACUCGUGGACCGCGGCGCUUGUCGAAGAAAGUGCCUUCUAAAGCCCCGACCUAUAACAAGCUUAUUUGGUGGCUUGUUUGGACCAAAUGGCCACGUUGAAGAGUACACCGAAUGCGCGGAAACGUAUCUCGACGAUCAUCGCAUAAGCUGUUACUGGCCUCAAGAAGAAUGGUACUUGAAGACUCUAAUGUGAGCGUGACAAUUACAGUAGCACAAACAUCAAAGCAGGCAAUUGGUGUUAUCGUAAAGCUGGAUAUAAUUUGUAAAUACACAUAUGAAUAUACUUGUAUAUUUGAAGGUGAUA